CGCUUUGAUACGUCUCUCGAAUAUUUCCUGAUACUAUAUAGUAGUUAAUAAAGGCUCACGAGAUUAUUCUCUAAACGUUUUCUGCCAAUGACGAAUUUCAUAGAGUUUACACGGGUACAUAUUCUUGAUCUUCCUAAUGAUUUACUGUUGAAUUGCUUAGGUCGGGUUUCAAGAUCGUACUACCCGACUCUUUGCUUAGUCUCCAAGAGAUUUCGCUCUCUUAUUAGAUCGAUUGAGCUUUACCAGACCCGAACUCUCUUAGGCCGCACCGAGAGUUGUCUCUAUUUGUGCUUAAGGUUCAGCUAUGGUUCUAAACAAUGUUGGUACACUCUAUGUAAAAGACCAACUCCAAGCCCUAAACCUAAGCCUAACCCUAUCUCAGGAUUGUUCAGUCCAUGCUUUAGACCAUUUAGAAUCCCAAAGUCGAGCAACUAUCAUAUGGUCUCUGUCUCAACUCUCAAAAUUUCUGCUUGGCCUUGGUGGAAUUGUGUCGCAAUUGGUUCUACUAUCUACAAGGUUGGCAAAUUUAUCGAUGGUGGGAUCUCGUCUAGAGUCUUCUUCUUGGACUGUCGGUCUCACACUUGGCACGAAGCUCCAACUCCAAGCAUACAGAUGACGCCAGAGUGGCCUCUUGUGAGCGUUAUUGAUGGGAAAAUAUACGUAGUGGAAGGGUGGAAUGAUCCGGAUUCAUCAGAUUCGAUGGAGGUUUUCGAUCUGAAAAAACAAAUAUGGGAGCAUGUACCAUGCCCUAGAGCAGAGGUAUUCGGGAAGAGUCUUACAUUAAGAAGCUUAGCCAUAGACGGAAAGCUUUACCUGAUUGGGGAUAAGAAUAUGGUUUACACGGCGGCUGAAAAUAAGUGGGACGUUGUAGGAUAUGAGACGCGUAUAUGUUCGGCUUUCUGUGAUUCUUCAUGCGUGAUAGACAACAUAAUGUACAAGUAUAGCUUGUCCCGAAAGCUUCAAUGGUACGACUCCAAGGGAAUAUUGUGGAGAGAUUUAAAGGGUUUGGAAGAACUUACAAAAAUACCAAAGAGCUGUACUCGUGUUAGGAUGGUCAAUCAUGGUGGAAAGAUUGCGCUUUUGUGGGAAAAGGAAGUGCGUGGUUUUGUCUCCAACGAGAAGAAUAUUUGGUGUGCUGUGUUUGCGGUUGAAAGGCGCAGCGAAGAAGAGGUUUAUGGGAAGCUUGAAUGGUGUGAGGUUGUGCUUAAAGUCCCCAAAUCAUGUUGUUUACUGGAAUUUCUUGCCGUUAAUGUUUGAUGGAUGAACAAGCCAUUAAAUACCAUUUGAGUUCAAUUCUAUACUCCUUAAAGUAAUAUGACGCUUUUUUCUUGUUUGAAUUUUUUAGUUAUUUGUUGUUUUCCUCUUUUCUCUGCUUCCUAUGUUUUUCUUCCUCA